AUGACGGAUCGAAGAACCAAGGACAAAUUGUUGCCGGAGGUCCCCGAUCGCGUCAAUGAUGGCCAUGGCAAUGUCUUUACAAAGGGUCGCUUCUUGGGCAAAGGAGGAUUCGCGAGGUGCUAUGAGCUGAUCCAUCCCAGCAAACGGGCAUAUGCUGGCAAGAUCGUUUGCAAAAGCAUGCUCGGGAAGCCGUCCGAGAAAGCCAAGGCGAAAAUUGGGGACUUUGGGUUGGCGACUAAAAUGUCACAAGAUGAUGACAGGAAAAGGACUCUUUGCGGGACGCCGAAUUAUAUUGCUCCCGAAGUACUCGACAAGGCUGGACAUGGUUUGGAAGUCGACGUCUGGGCCUUGGGUUGCAUUAUCUACACAUUUCUUUACGCGUUCUUCUUGGAAUAUACGCCUACAAGCCUGCCCGUGUCAUGCUUGACCUUGGCGCCGAAAUACAAUAAGCCGGUCUCGGAGGUGACAAAGACAGCGAAGAGAACGCGAGACGCUCCAUGCGAGCCUCGGCAACUGACUUCACGCGAGAGCGUUGUGCAUAGGGCGGAUGUCAAGCCUCCAUGCGAGCCGAAAGACUGCUAUGCUCAAGAGCUCUACAGCAUGAUUCAUUCAGCCAUCCUGAAGGCUCCGACAAGGGAAGUUCUCGUAAACGAAGAUCCGGCCGAGUGCCCUGAAUGCAUCCCAGUCUUCUGGAUCAGCAAAUGGGUCGAUUAUUCCGACAAAUACGGCAUAGGAUAUCAACUUUCGGAUAACUCGGUUGGCGUCCUGUUCAACGAUAAUUCUCGUCUUAUCCUUGACGCAGCCGGUCUAAAUCUGCAAUACGUGGAACGAGACAACGAGGAAUACUACCAAGUCGGAAAAGAUGAUCUCCAGCACAUUCAUAAGAAGUGGACCCUGCUCGAAUAUUUCCGCAACUACAUGAACGAUCAUCUUCUCAAGGCCGGCGAGAAAUUUGCACCUCGGGCCGGCGACGAAUUGGCUCGUUUGCCAUGCCUGCGGAGCUGGCAUGGGCUUGCCGGUGAAUUCCGUACUCGUCUUUCCUAUGCGGAACUAAUGGCGCAGCGGCUGAUCGAGAAGCCUUCCGCCGUGCCGGCCGUCAAACAAACCGCCGAGAGAAGCCAAAGCUACAGCUCGCUCAAGAAGAAGCCACAAUCUUCUCAAAUC